AUGUCCGAGGACGAGCUGGUCGUGAAGGUGGACCUCGAGGGCGAUGUGCGGAGGCUGCGCGCCCGGCUGCCCCCGAGGCAGGGUGCCGGGGAGGAGGCGCGCUACGCGGCGCUGCAGGCGACGAUCGUGGAGGGCUUCAAGCUCCCAGAGGGCUCGCCGCACCUGGUCCUCAAGUACAGGGACGAGGAGGAGGACCUGUGCACGCUCGUGGAGGCGACCCUCGCGGACUUCCUGCAGGGCGCCAGCGGCCGCGGCCCGCUGAAGCUCGUCGCCAGCCGGGCGCCCGCGCCGGACGCCCGCGCGCCGGCGGACCCGGCGGCGGCACCCCUGCAGGCCGCGGCGCAGAGCAGGCUCAACCCCGAGGCCCCCGCGUUCGUCCAGCAGAGCCCCGCGCAGGACGCCGGUGCCCGACGACGGAAGAACAACACAUGGGGAUGGGCGGAUGACGACGAGGAGAGGGAGCGCAGAGAGCAGACGUGGGUUCGCCGACGGCUUCGUGCCAGGAAUCGCGAGCCAGAGCUGCCGCAGCGUAGGGCCCCAGAAGCUCCUGCUCUGCCUGGCCGGGCUCCACCACGCCGGUCGCCUGUCCUCGAGGAUGAUCUCGAGCCUGGUGCUGCAGUUCCUCCCGAUCCUGGCGCAGAGGGCGCAUCGGAAGCAGGAGAAGAUUAA